ACAGGACAGAAGCGCCACGAUAACGUGAUCCUAACGUUGGACUGAUAUUUAUUUUCUGACUUGCUUUGAACUAGUAACAAAGAUGGUUUUUUCAUCUCCUCUGAACUUCGGCUCCUCUCUUCAUCCCGUUCUCCUCUUGCUUCUCAUCAUCGCCGUGGCAACGCAGGUACAGGGACGGCCGUCACCACGACGACCAGAUGCUCAGGUUCUGCAGGAUCUGUUCGGGCUGAAGAUCAGCUCUCUAGUAUUGGCUGAUCCAGAGGUCAGCGAGGGGUCGGCAGACGAACCCCUGCCCCUCACACACACGCGUCACGGCGAUGUCGCGCCGUCACGCGUGUUCCUGGACCUCCUUGGCCGUCACAGGAAGCUGCAGGGGCGGAGCAGGAAGGGCGUGGGGCGGGGCUGUUUCGGGAUGAAGGUGGACCGGAUCGGGGUGAUCAGCGGACUGGGAUGCUGACACACUCAGAUACGGCUCAUCUCCUCUCUCAGCGCAGCGUUACACAUCCUGCUCCUCUGCUGGUGUUUGUGUUGUUUAAUGUCUGUCGGAUCGUGAUUUCCUGUCCAGACGACUGUAAUGAGCAGAUGUGACACGUGACCGACUGCAGCGGCUCAGCUCGACGCUUGGCCCUUUAUGCAGAACACUGAACUUCAUGUGUUUGUCUUUUGAAGAUCCUGAGGUUUUCUCAGCAGUGUGUGUGUGUGUGUGUGUGUGUGUGUGUGACCCCUGGCUGAUUGUCCAGUCAGU